UUUCUGGCCCCAGUGCCAACAUUUUGGAGGAUAUGCAGGAGGAAGUCAACCGAAGGGUUUGAAUCAGUUCCGUACGUGGUUUCUCUGUUCAGCGCCAUGCUUUGGCUGUACUAUGCAUCCCUCAAGUCCGAGUCCAGCGCUUUCCUGCUCCUCACGGUCAACUCGGUCGGAUGCGCCAUAGAGACGAUCUAUAUCGCUCUCUACCUUGCUUAUGCUCCUAAACAAGCCAGGGUACGUAGCUACAGCGUUGUUCGCAAAGAACACACCUAAUGUAUUCUAAUUGUUGGAGAGUGGAUGAGCAGAUGAUGACGCUGACGCUGCUGUUGCUGAAUUUCGGAGGGUAUUGUUCCAUUCUUCUUCUGUCCCACUUCUUGGCAAAGGGAUCGGUGAGGGUCCAACUUGUUGGGUGGAUUUGCGUUGCACUCUCUGUUGCAGUCUUUGCUGCUCCUCUGAGCGUCAUUAGAAUGGUGAUACGCACCAAGAGCGUGGAGUUCUUGCCCUUUUCUUUAUCGUUCUUCCUCAUGCUCAGUGCUGUGACAUGGCUCCUAUACGGCCUAUUCCUCAAGGACUUGUAUGUCGCGGGUCCAAACGUGUUAGGAGUCAUCUUUGGAGUGCUUCAGAUGGCGCUGCAUGCCAUAUACAGGAAGGGAAAUACAGUUGCGACGGAGGAGGAAAAGAAUGAUACCAGUGUUGGAAAGCUGAGCUCUGAUAUACAAAGUUGCAAUGGGCAUGCCUUCAUCAUCUUUAUUGAAGCUUCUGAUAAAGGACCAGUGGCCCCUCCAUCUGAAGUUUGACAGGCGUCUAAGUUACUCAUAUGCCCGAUCAGAUUUUCUGUUUUCCAGCAGCUCCUAGCUGGCUUACUCGUUGCUUCUGCUAUGUAAAGUGCAAAUGCAUGCACGCAUGUGGGUGCUUGGAGGGGUAGAGUUUGUUUGUGAAUGUUCAACUUGUUUUUCCUAAUAAUACAGUUAUCAGACGCAUUACUCUUUCAGAAACAGAU